ACAAUUCCUUCACAGUUCAUGGACAGACACACACAGCAGGAUAUGCAUGUUCAGCUGGACGAGGGGAUCCGCCGAUUUACACACAACACAGUCGUCCCACAUUCGUCUGGUCUUCAGGUGUUCAUCCAUCAGCGUCUCUCACAGUGAAUCCUGACAGAGUCCAACACUUCACCUCUGAAUCUCUCUCACUGACAUGUGAAGGAAGCUCUUCCCAGUGGAGGCUGAUCCGCUUUCUGACUGACGACUCGCUGUUGAGCUUUCUUCCUCCAGCUACAAUCAAUGGAUCAACAUAUAUUAAGAAUGAGGCUCCAAGAAAAGCUGUGUACUGGUGUGAGUCUGGAACAGAGUUCAGCAAUGCAGUCAAUAUCUCCACACACUCUGAUGGCGUUAUCCUGGUGAGCCCUGUGUAUCCUGUACCUGUGGGAGAGUCUGUAACUCUCCUCUGUGUCAUGAAGACUGGAAAUAUUCCCUCUGAUGUGUUUUUCUACAAAAAUAACAAACUCAUUGAAAAUGAGACACGAGGAGAGAUGAAGAUCUCUGCAGUGUCAGAAUCAGAUGAAGGUUUCUACAAGUGUCAGUACAAUGGAAGAGAAUCAGCACAAAGCUGGAUGGCUGUUCAGUUUGUAUCCAGGCAAAAGGGUUUUCCGAUGUGGACUAUUGGGUUGAUUUGUGGACUUUUGCUGCUUAUUUUUCUGCUGCUGCUGUUGUGCUGCUGCAGAAAGACAACAGACUCAUGCUUCAACAGGGUUAACAGGUGUCAAAGUUCGCAGCAGAGUCAAACUACAGACCACAGCAGCAACCAGCUGGAAGAUCAAUGCAACACAUACGCUUCUCCGUUCCAAGGUGAAUCUGAUAAUGUGACAUAUUCUUCAAUUAAGCUUAAAAAGGUCAAAAAUGUGAAGAAGAAGAAGGAACCAGAAGAGAGCACUGUUUAUGCUGAUGUGAAGACCACAUCAUCUCAAGAUGAUGAAGUGACCUAUGCUCAAGUAAAGCCCAAUAAAUGUAACGCAAAAGGAAAGAAAGGGAGGACAGCUCCAGCAGCCGCUGAAGAAACAGUUUAUUCAGAAGUCAAAGCAGAAACCACUCAUGAUAACUGAGCAACGGAGGAGACUUCAUCACCACCACCGACAAAUAACUGCAUCCAGAUUUAUGGAGAGUCUCCACAAUGUCUAUACUGAGGAAGGUGGAAAAGAGGGAAACACUCUGAUCUAUACUUCUUUGACCUGAUCAAUUAUCCCUUUGAACUGAAGAUAAAAUAUCAAAUAAAUGUAUUUUAAAAGUGAAACAGAGCCGUUAAGUCUCAACCACUGAGAAUGAAGCUCACACAUUAACUUAGAACUAACUCUGUUCGUAGUGGAUUUUAGAUCAUUAAUGAAUAUGUUAGUAUAUUAUUUCCAAAUGGUUGACAGGGAAACUGUAUAUUAAAUUUGUGGAGAAGUGAUUCCAAGAAGAGUUUCUGUAGAUAAUGAUGCUUAAACAAUAUUGUACAUUUUGUUAUAUUUGCUAAAACCAUUUAUCUUCUUUAGAACAGAAUAGAAUAGAACUUUAUUUGUCAUUGUAACAAGUACAACGAAAUUGCGAAGCCCUUCAGUCAGUGCAAAGACAGACAUAAAUAAGUAACGUAAAAAAUGAAGUAGAUAAAAAAGAUCCAUAUAAAUAUAUAAAUAAAUAAGAUGCAUACAAUGCAAAUAAAAUAACAUCAGUGCAGGUGCAGACAAACUGCCAUCGUUUGAGUGCAUUAUCCUUCCAUUUAGCCUUUGUUCAGGAUCCUAACUGCUGUCGGAUAGAAACUGUCCCUGAACCGAUUUGUUCUUGCAGUAAUGGACCUGUACCGCCUGCCUGACGGUAACAGACUCAACAUGUGGUGACCAGGGUGAGAGGGGUCCUGGGUUAUUUUCCUCCUCGCCUCUCGGAGGCAGCGGAGUGAUUCAGCUAAAACCAGAUUUUUUUUGUAACAUCAAACUUGGUGUUUGAAUAAAAUUGAUCAUAUGUUUUUACAUUCUGAUGUACAGAGCUGUUAUUCACUAUAUGUAAUGGAAAGUUUGUCUUGAUGUUAUGAUCAGCAGUUUUGAAAUAUUUUUAAAUAUUAGAAGAUGUGAUCAGUAUUUUGCUUUAUAAACAAUAGAUGAAACUGAUGAAGGUAUCAAACUUUUCCUGU